AUGCAUUCUCCCAGCAACCCGUUACCUCCUCAAGGUCUCGUUGGCGACCCAAUCGAGAAAAGCAAAAUUACUGCUUCUCGGCCGCCUCCGUUUGAUGUUGAUCCGAUAAGAUCCCGCUUUGAACUAUAUAUCAACUGUCAAAGUCGCCCUUACUUAUCUUUCAUCACCAGCUUCACUAUCAAUUCACUUCUAGUCCCUGAUCGUUCAGCAACCCCCCCAACCCCACCUACUGAACAGCAAUUAACUCACUUCCCCAAAUCUUUGAUCGCCUUCUGAAUCCCAAUACCCUUUCAAAAUGUCUCAACUUAGCUAUGCCCGCUAUGGCAAGGACAACAUCCGCCUGUAUAAGCGCGAGAUAGACGAGAAGACUGGCACUCAGUCGGUCGUCGAGAUGACUGUCUGCAUUCUCCUUGAGGGUGACAUCGACACCUCCUACACCCAAGCAGAUAACUCGGUCGUCGUUGCCACCGACACACAGAAGCAGACCUGCUACAUCCUCGCCAAACAGAACCCCAUUACCCCUCCCGAGCUCUUUGCCGCGAUUGUUGGCACCCAUUUCAUUGAGACGUACUCCCACAUCCACGCCGCACACGUCAAGAUUAUCCAGCACCGAUGGACUCGCAUGGAAGUGGACGGAAAGCCACACCCACAUUCGUUCCUCCGAGAUGGCGAGGAGGUCCGUGUUGUUGAAUCGGUGACACGCGAGGGUGAGGGAAUUUCCAUUCGUUCGAAGAUCGAAAAGCUCUUAGUGCUGAAGAGCACUGGAUCGGCCUUUUACGGCUUUCACCGUGAUGAAUACACCCAAUUAGGCGAGACAUGGGAUCGCAUUCUCAGCACAGAAGUCGAAGCUGGCUGGAAAUGGAAGCUCUUCAAGAAUCUUGCGGAAGUCAAGUCUGUCGUUCCCAAGUUCGACCAGGCAUGGCAAUCUUCCAGGGAAAUCACGCUCAAGACCUUUGCUACGGAUGCCAGUGCCAGUGUACAGAACACCAUGUACAAGAUGUGUGAUCAAAUUCUCGCUGCCAUUCCAUUGGUCGAGGCUGUUGAUUACUCACUUCCCAACAAGCAUUACUUCGAAAUUGAUCUGAGCUGGCACAAGGGCCUCAAGAACACUGGCAAGGACGCCACUGUGUAUGCUCCGCAAUCCAAUCCCAAUGGUCUCAUUCAAUGCACAGUCACCCGCAAGGAACCAAAGGCGAGGCUAUAGUGGCUUUGCAGUUCCAUCCUUAAAUAUUGUGCUAUACCCGUAACGACUUCAACGAAUCUGUACCAUAGAGCGAGUUGUUGUUGGUUUCGUGUUUCUUGUAGAUAACCUUAUAUACAACAACUUAUGUAGCAAAACUAGCAUUUACCCUCGCUAUCUGAGGGCCUCCCCCAC